GAGCGAGCAGUGUGCGUUUCUGUUGAAAUACUUACAGCACCUACGAGCUGCAACAGUGGUAAACUUUUAGAAUCUGUGGUGCGGGUAUUUUGUCAGACGACUGCAUUGCGCGUGCUGAAUUUCUACUUCAUCUGUAAUAUCUUUUAUCUGUCAAGACAGUCGAGAUGAUACUAUCAUGAUAGCUUAAGCUCGGAAGAUAACCAAUGCGUCUUUGCGUUUACUUAUCACGGCAUUGGCAGUAAUGAGUAACAACUGAUGUUGUGUGCUAUCAGAUGCGGCACGAAUACGCAGAGAUACCUAAGGCUCCCGAUAUCGUGAUUUAUUAUAGCUGUCAACAGAUGAUCGCUAACGCGAAACCCUCGCACAAUUUCUGUUAGGCGUGGUCGUUCCGUACCUUACGGAAAUAUUAUUAUGUAAUGGCAGAUUCUUGUCCUGUGCUUUCGGUGACGACACUUGCUAAGAGAGCCCAUGUAAUUCAACCUGUCACCCGUGAUGGCAAGUGCUUGUCGCAACAGAUUUCCGAACUGAUUAAUUCGAAAUGGAACAGCGGGAAAAGCAUUACAAUGGCGUCAGAGCACAGUAUUACGGUUGCCAGCCAGGGAGAUCUGUGGUCUAACCCGAGCCUGUUCUUUCUCGAUCUGGCCGCUUCUCCCCCUCAAGUGACCCGCAAAGACUUCAAACGACAUCGCAUGCGGGACCGUAUUGUUAGUGCCACUCACAGUCCAAAUGGCGAGUUUUGCUUCAUUCAAGAUGCUGCGAACGUGCUGCGAGUAAUCAUCCUCGAAAAGGAGACAGUUAUUGCAUCAUUCGUGGAUUUCGCUAAAUGGAUAGACCUCAACUGCAUUGCAGUUAUAACAAAUAGAGAAGUUACUCAUAUGAAUGUUAAGAGCUGGAACGUCAGCUGGAGUUGCCUUCGCGAGGACGAUGGUGCGGGAACUUACAGCGUCACCGAUUAUCAAAUAAACCGCUCGGAGGGGUGGUCGUUCCUGACAGCGGUCAAGCUUGACGUGGAUCAAGCAAGGGGUCUCGUGGAAGUAUUCCACAUGAAAAAGAAAACUUCCGCAACCUUUCCAGGAUUCGCAGCUGCUUUUUUGCCGCCCCAACCGAUGGACGACAUCGCUGUUUUAAUCGCCCACACUGUCACAAGCAAUAACAACCACCGCAUACUUGUACUGUAUCGUCAUUUUCGUCUAGGGUACGGGGAGGUGUUUUUUUCGAACACCAAAACCUCUACUCUUGAAAUCAAGUGCCCCAUGGACGCCAAGGGAACGGAAAAUGAUAUUCCAAUCGCCGUAACGUUACACCCCAUGGACGAUCAUUCCUUGGCAUUUAUCACCACCAAAAUGGGAUAUGUCCAUUUGGUUGACUAUCGGAGCAUGCGCCACUUAGCCUCCAGGAAAUUAGCCGAAGGCGAGAGCACCAACUGCGUUGCACGUGGCGCGGAUUCUUCUGGAGGUCUGACUGUUAUUAGCAGUGACGGAUUAGUAUUAAGGGUCAGUCUAUCGUUCGACCAUUUGAUUGCGACUUUGUUGGACAAGAAUCUUCCAAUGGAAGCCGGAAAAUAUGCAUUGCGGUUAAGUGCUCCCAUGGAGAACAGCACCUUUAUGCGAGUGAUCAGUGUCGUGCUCGACAUGGAGUCGGUCGACUUCGCGACCUUUCUAAGGCUGAAUGCGGUGCACUUGUCGGCCGAACAGGCGAUAGAUGUGUUUGGAUGGGCUGUGGAUAUAGUUCCACCCACACCUCACCAGCUUAUGCUUACCGGCCAUCUCGCCAUGAAGCUUAGCGAGAAAGCUGGUUUGGAUGUUUUGAUCGCCAUGUUUGAGCGCAAAACGCGCAACGCUAAAAAAGAAUGUCUUCCCACGUUUCUAAAGUCUCUAUCGCCGAAAAAGAUGUCGGAAAGUGCUUUGUUGGAACUCGUCAAAGUGGCUCUGCAACAUGGUCUCAUACAGAUCCUGGAGUUUCACUUUAUUGCCAACCAGAGUAAGAUAUUACACCCGGAGAGCGUAGUAGAUAGCCUGCUGUCGGAAACUGUGACAACUGGCGUGCAACGUGCCGUGGAUGAACUGGUGGAAAAAAUGUGCAUUAAAUAUGGCCUUAUCGUCAAACUCGUUACGCACAAAAUACGCAAUGGACGGCCGGUGCGACUGAACCUUUUAUUAGAGAAACUGCCGAUUGAGGAAGCCAGGGAGCAGCUGCGCCUGAUAAUCGAAAUUCUUCUAAACGAUAACGCCGAUCUAGCUGCACUUGAGAUGAAUUUGAACCUUGGAUUGACGGUCAACAUGUUACGAGGCGUCUAUCCUGACAUUCUGCAAUCGAUAGAGCAGAAAGGAAAUCGGAAAACAACGAUGAGCUUUCUGGAAUAUCUCGCAGGAAAAGGCGUUCCAGAUGAAAGUGUACAUUCUCAGUUGGUGAAGAUGUACAUUGAAAACAUGGGAGGCGAAAAGCUGGAUCAAAUUCUGAAGAACAAUAAAUUUUAUGAUGCCGUUGCCGUUGGCCAAUGGUGCGAAGAGAAGAAGUGGCCUAUGACAGCGUUGUCGGUGUAUGAAGAACGACACCUUAGUGAAGAUUUCAUCCGGUUGAGCGGCAAUCUCGGUGUAUUCAAACGUCAGUUUAACUACCUGUUAAACUUACGUAGUAAAGCCCUUUGGGAAAGCGUUUUGAGUCCGGUUAACGGGAAACGCUCUAACUUGGUUAACGUUAUGGUGGGCCAACCGGAAGCCGGUUAUGAGGCAGCUUCUGGUGAUUUUGAACAAGUGGCGGUGCUCAUUGAAACUAUGGCCGAAACAGAUUUGGUAUCUGAGACCCAGACGCUUAUCCGCCGACUACUUCCCAAAAUUGUCGAUCAAGACCAGAUCCGAUAUUUGCAGAAGCAAGCUGUUCGAUCUUUACUACGAAGUGGAUAUCCUGCAGCGAAAUUUCAAAAGCUAUUCAGCGACCAAUUAUACACGUAUGAUCCGUGUACGGUUGCCGACGUGCUCGUCCAAGUAGGAAUGCUACGGCUUGCCAAAGAUAUAUUGGUCAGAGGGAAGUUCUGGAAAGAAGCCGCCCAGCUGGUUGCGGCUAACAAAACCGAAGACCUCGGCGAUAUCAAACAGUUGGCGUUCCUUAGUCGCGAUCCAGAUUUACUAGCGACAGUUGGCGAAGAUUAUCUGGCAUCGGGUGACCUGGUUCUGGCACUGCAAUAUUUUGUAGAAGCGGGUCGAUUUACGAAAUAUAAACUGGUCUGCUCGAUGAUUCCGUUGGACAAAAACUUUGCCGAAUGGGAGCUGCUUGUUCGCUUCCUGGAGGGGUGCGCUCACCACCACCAAAGACCCAGCGGUUUCUAUGGCGCUGGCAAUGGCAUAUGGGAAAACCAACCGAACGCAUGAUCUGGGGAAACUGAUGGACAAUGAGGGCGGGGCCAGCGGAUCGCAGGAUGUCAAUUGUUGUCGUAUAUGUGAGGAUCGACCGAAGAAUACAACAUUCGUCCCGUGCGGCCAUAUGGUAGCCUGUAUGGACUGCGCGCAAGAACUGAGCCUGUGCCCCAUUUGUCGCAAGCCCAUCGACUUAAAAGUCAAAACAUUUACUGCAUAGCGCAAUUUUUGCGCUGGUAUGCGUUAAGUUGGCGCAUUUUAGUGAUCAAUGCAGCCCAAAUCCAUUCACCGGAUCGACUAUUGCUGAAGUCGCUUGACUUGAUUUCUGCGUUUUCACUGCCGUUUGUCGCGGAGGUGACGGUUAUGUUGGUGUUGGAUUACGGGAAUAAACGGCAUUAAUAUUGCUGCCAUCAAUAUUAGGUCGCAAAGAAACUUUCUACUAAUGUGUGCUGUUAAUCGUUGGUCAUCUGUUACUUUGAUUCUUUGCUGCUAUGAAAAUGUCAAAAACCAAAA